AUGGAUGACAUGUUCAUAGCAUCUCAAAAUUUGUUGGCAAUUCAGAAGAUGAAGUCACAACCUAGAAGUGAAUUUGAGAUGAAGGACAUAAGAGCUAUUGAAAAGAUUUUGGGCAUUGAGAUUAAGAGGGAUCAAGUCCAAAAGAAGCUCUUUCUGUGUCAGAAGUUAACAUCAAAGAAGGAAUACAUGUCUCAUGUUCCUUAUGCAAGUGUUGUAGGUAGUCUCAUGUGCCUUAAGGGUACAACUGAUAUUGGACUUGUCUACCAUAGAGACAUGUCAUGUGCUCUCGUUGGUUACUCAAAUUCUGACUAUACUACAUAUUUGGAUGUAAGGAGAUCUGUGAUUGCAUACACAUUCACAAUUGGAAAUUCUCUUGUUAGUUAG